CAACGGCUAAUUACAUCAUGGAUGCAUUUAGUGUCUGAACAAGUUGAUGCAAUAAAGUGCAACGUUAAGACCUACAGGGAGUUUGGCAAGCUGCUAAAAUUCUCAAAAUCCUCGAAAUUCCCGGAGGUGUUCUACGAUGGUUCGACAGUCGAUCAUUCGAAAACACGCGGCAGAGACGCAAUUGUCUCUUCGACGAGAGAAUCAGGGGGCAAGGUGUUCCAGGGCAAAUGUGCCAAGAGGUUGACCGUGGUCCUACGAUCGGAAGAAGGUUUCGUCAUCUUCCCCACUCCGUGGGCAGAUCCUUCCAGAACACCCUUAUCGCAUCGCGGCUUGGACGACUUCGAGUGAUCGGCAACGGGGCACGAGGAUCUAAGCGACCGACAAAAGAAGGGUGCCGAAACGCCUAACCUUAACGUUCGUCACUCUUGGAAUUGGUCGCACCUUUGGCGGCGAUGACGGACAUGGGUUCCCGGCAUCGGCAAGAUGCCUUAACACCCUUGAGAAGUAGGUCAAAGUCCGAGGAUGCGAUGACCCUGGCACGUGUGCCAUCCUCGCGCACGGAUCGACGCUAACGUGUAAUUGGAAUGUUAAUGGUACAAUUAGGCAAGUAGACGAGUAGAAUUUCCAUCGAACACUUUUGAAUAGUUACCGUACAAGUAACCAACCAAACGAAGGUGACCUGAAACGAGGCUUGGGAAUUUCAUUGGCGCGACAGUUGCAAAACGGUGAGUGGAAAACAACCUGGUAAAGAAUGUAAAAUUUGAAAUGGACGAGCAUCCCGUUCGGGGCCGCGUGCACCUGAAAAUCCGCAACGGAAUGCGUCGAAGCGUUCUCUCUCCGCUGGUGCACCCGUGUAAUCCUUCCAGUCGCGAUCGCGUCCGUCGCGCCGCGGUCUCGUUGUGUAACGAGCAGCCAUCGUUCCAUAUAAGACACACACCGUCGCCUCUUCCCUCGCAAAACCGCUCGCGAUAUGGUGUCGCGUUGUGGCGAACAACGUCUCGCGUCCGGUUACCAUAAACUCGGUCGUCUUCGUCCGUCGAUCCGUUCACCGAUCGGAAAAGCAAAUCGUUCGAUUCGCCGGAGGAUCUUCCAUGAGAAAUAACUUGGUCGAAAUUACUGCACAGGUAACUAUCGUUCCAAAGGGGAAGGUUGAUCGACCCGGUUCCCUUUCGGAAGAUCGACCGAUCGUUAAUGUUGACGUUGAACGGUUUCUUCUUCGGCAACACCGUUACGCAACGCUAAUCGCGUGUGUAUCGCGAAGCCGCAAGUAAGUACAGUAUAUAGCCAGCUAUCAAUGGGUGGCCCGCGAGGCUCAUCGGGUAUCAGUGCCGUCGAGAGAUCGUUUCAUUGAAAACUCAUCGGCUUUCGUCGAACGAAACAAGAGGAAAUCGAUGCGAUGUUUCGAUGACUCGAUCGAGUAUUUCAUUCUGGCUCCCCGCUGCUCCUCGGAAUGAUCUUCUUUCACACCCGAACAAUGACACAGAGGGCAGAGUACCCGCCGUUGCCGCAAACUUUGCCGAAAGAUUUCUGUCUAACGUGGAAGAACAUUUCGUACACGGUUCGAAAAACGAGCAAUGGCGGUAUACGAGCAAUUUUCGGCCUGCAACCUACCGAAUACGUUUCUUUGUUGCAAGGAGUUAACGGUAUAGUUCAUUCGGGAAUGUUGAUGGCCAUCUUGGGUCCAAGCGGCGCUGGGAAAACUACGUUGCUCGCGACGAUCAGCCGGCGGGUCAAAGGCAGCGCGACGGGCGAGAUACUGCUAAAUGGAAAGCCCAUAGACACCGGGCAAAUGAUAAGGAUAUCGGGGUUCGUCCCGCAAAUGGAUCUAGCGAUCGAAUCGCUGACCGUUCUGGAACACAUGGAGUUCAUGGCCUGUAUGAAGAUGGACAGAAGGAUCCGCUUCAACGUCCGGAAACAAAGGAUCACCGCUGUCUUGGCAGAACUCGGCUUGGUCAAGUGCGUCGACUCGAGAUUAUCCGCUUUGUCAACCGGAGAAAGAAGGAGAGUGGCUCUAGCCGUCCAACUGCUCACCGAGCCGAACAUUUUGUUCUGCGACGAGCCGACCACGGGGCUGGACAGUUACGGCGCGUUGACGGUGGUCAGAACGCUGAGGGAAGUCGCGGCAAGGGGGAAAAUCGUGGUGUGCUCGGUGCACCAGCCGGCUUCCGGUCUGCUCGACAUUUUCCACGAGGUUCUUCUCCUUUCCGGCGGAAGAGUCGCUUUCCAGGGGUCGUCGGUCGACGCCACUCAGUUUUUCGACAGUCUGAACCUUCGAUGUCCACCAACUUUCAACAGCGCGGAGUUCUAUGUCUCGCAGUUGUCUAUAGUUCGAGGAAAGGAAGCGGAGAGUUAUCGCAAAGUGAACUGGAUCUGUGAUCAAUACGAGGGAUCGAAAUAUGGGCAAAGGGUGGCCAAGUUGAUCGAGUACUCCUGCUCGAGCAGGUCGGAUUCUAAUCGAUUGCCACCGAUAUUCUCCGAAGUCCCGGCUGGUCCCGUCGACUUUAAAAGAGCUCGAGCGCUCACGCAGCUGGAAUGGCUCGUCUGGAGAACGUACGUCGACUACAAGAGAAGCUCUGCCUCGAUUUUCUUGCGAUUCCUCACUUACCUGUUCAUAGGCUUGCUGAUAUCCUCCCCGUACGUGGGAAUCACGGGAAAACCGAUGGACCAGGGCGGAAUACAGAAUAUGCAGGGACUUUUGUACCUGGUGGUCGUGGAAACGGUGUUCACUUUUAACUACGCGGUGUUUUACACGUUUCCACGCGAAUUGCCGCUCCUGCUGCGCGACAUAGCAGCUGGACUUUAUCAUCCGGCGCCAUAUUACAUCAGCAAAGUUGUCGUUCUGAUACCCGGAGCGAUAGUUCAACCACUGCUGUACUCGAUAUUGGUGUUCACUAUCGUUGGACUGAACGGUGGAUUCGUAGGAUUGGUCUACUUCGCGCUGCCAGUAGUAGUCUGUGCGAUUUCCGCGUCCGCUUUCGGUUUGUUCCUAUCAGCGUCGUUCAAGUCGAUAGACACUGCCUCCCUCUUCUCCGUGCCAUUGGACUUUCUUGGCUUGAUGUUCUGUGGAAUCUAUCUUCAUCUAGGCCACUUGGCGCCUGGCAUUGGCUGGCUGAAAUACGUGUCCCAGUUCUACUAUGGCUUGGAGGCUGUUUCUUUGACUCAAUGGCUGCUGAUCGAUCACAUAAAUUGCUCUUCGGAUCCUGAAGAGCCUUGCAUAUCCACCGGUCUCGGAGUCCUCGAGAAAUACGGUUACCUGGCACACCACUAUACCACGGAUCUGAUCGGUCUGCUGGCGAUAUUCAUGUUCAGCCAUUUUGCCGGUUUCCUGAUCAUUCGUCACAGAAGUCGCAAGGAAGCCGUUUAUUGAAACGACACGUCGAAUCGUGUCUUGGCAAAUUAACGCAACAACUAUAUAUCUCUUACUUGACGUUUGAAUAAAUUGCUAUAAUAAUAAUACUAAACUAGCCCCGCUCAUUUUUCC